AUGCUUCUGGGCAAGAGUUGUCUUGAUGAGCGCCUUGUGCCGAAAUCCACACUGUCCUGCCUCAAUGACGAUGAGAGGCAGUUGAUUCUGAGCUUCGUGUUGGGCGACCUCACGUGCUACCCCCGCGUUGCCGCCAUCGACAGUAGGUUCUUUCUGGCCUGCACUUCCUUGGGCUCCUGGCAAGAAUGCGUGAUUGAAAUUCCUCGUAAGUGGGCUACAAAGGAGGAGUGUGUGGAACAGCUGCUAAAGCUUUCAAGUCGUUGGCGGCUGGCGCAGAAAGCCGUCCUCCCGCCCUUUCCGCAGCGGCAAAGGCUCCAGGACCAGCUGGCGAAGGAGUGCCCCCGCCUCGUCUUGGCUGCCUCAGGAGAGGGACCGUAUCUGCUCUUCGUCAUGGGCUGCAACUUAGCAAUUGGAUCCAGGAUGUCUUUGCACUUCUUCGAUUGGACACCCAACAACAAUGGCACCUAUGACGUGUACAUUCGAGCAGAGGCUACAUUCACUCUGACGGAGGUCUGGCAUGAGGAUCUUCCACACAGCUCCCCCCUUGCCCUCGGCUUUAUCGAGAUCACUUCACGAGCUCCUCCUAGCCAAGGAGGAGGCAGUCAAGGGCAGCAAGCCGUAUCCAGUCCUUUGCCCGGGCCAUCCAG